CCGACAGAUAUCUCAAGACCACGCAAGAAGAGUAGCCAGCAAGAAAAUUGGAGGCUAGGAAGGAAACUGCUGCACCUACCUACAACGGAAAACGGUAGGGGGAGUCCAAAGCCCAAAGCCGAGUGAAGGAAACCGAGUCAGCCAGGGUUUCCCCUUUUCCCCCCAUUGUUAAAUAGGAGGAAGCGGACCAAAACGCAAUGUUAUGCUCCUCCAUAGCUCUUCUCCUCCCGCCGGCCUCUUCUCCCUCGCUGCUCUCCUUCCGUCGCCUCUCUCGUCUCCGCUCGUCCCCACUGCCCGCCGCCGGUAAGCUCUCCCCCACAGGCUUGCUGAGAGUGAGUUCGAGGACGCUUGCAUUUUCUGCUAGGACGGAAUCGAUUUCCACCAUGGCGAAUGAUGAGGAGAAUGUUGGUAAUGUGAAGAGACUGAUAGCGAAAGUGUUUGAAUUGUCGCUUCAAGCAACGGUCCCAGAGGAGGCCGAUGUGGAACCUAUUGUUGCUGCAAGCACGGUGGGUAGAUUUGGAGACUACCAGUGUAAUAAUGCCAUGGGGCUUUUCUCUAAGCUUAAAGGAAAAGGAGGUGGUCAGUUUAGGGGACCUCCAGCAGUUGGACAGGCUAUCAUGAAAAAUCUCCCUCAGACAGAGAUGAUAGAAUCGUGCUCCGUAGCUGGACCUGGUUUUGUGAAUGUUGUGUUAUCAAAUAAGUGGAUGUCUAAGAGCAUCCAAAAAAUGCUUCUUGAUGGGAUUGAUACUUGGGCACCUAAGUUAUCAAUUAAGAGGGCUGUGGUUGACUUUUCGUCGCCAAACAUUGCCAAAGAAAUGCACGUCGGUCACUUGCGAUCUACAAUUAUUGGAGACACAAUUGCCCGCAUGCUUGAAUUCUCACAUGUUGAUGUUCUUAGGCGAAACCAUGUUGGUGACUGGGGAACCCAGUUUGGCAUGUUGAUAGAACACCUCUUUGAGAAGUUCCCUAACAUUGAGGCAGUUAAUGAAACAGCAAUUGGAGACCUACAGGCAUUCUAUAAGGCAUCAAAACAGAGGUUUGAUGAUGAUUCCGAAUUUAAAGAGCGCGCACAGAAAGCAGUUGUUCGCCUCCAGGGUGGAGAAAAGAGGUACAGAGAUGCUUGGGCUCAGAUCUGUGCAAUCAGUAGGAGGGAGUUCGACAGUGUCUACGACAGACUCAAAGUUGAGCUAGAGGAAAAGGGUGAAAGCUUCUACAAUACAUUCAUACCUUCAGUUAUAGAGGGUCUGACCAAUCAAGGGUUGGUUGAAGAAAGUGAGGGUGCCCGUGUAAUUUUUCUCGAAGGAUUUAAUAUUCCUCUUAUUGUUGUUAAGAGCGAUGGUGGUUACAAUUAUGCUUCUACUGAUCUGACUGCACUUUGGUAUCGCCUCAAUGAAGAGAAAGUUGAAUGGAUUAUCUAUGUUACUGAUGUGGGUCAGCAGCAGCACUUUGAGAUGGUAUUCAAGGCUGCUAAGAUUGCUGGUUGGCUCCCUACUGAGGCUAAUAAGUAUCCUAGAACAAGCCAUGUUGGUUUUGGGCUUGUUCUUGGAGAAGACGGCAAGCGAUUCAGAACUCGAUCUACAGAAGUAGUUCGGUUAGUUGAUUUGCUUGACGAAGCCAAGAGUCGAAGUAAGGCAGUGCUUGAAGAGCGUGAAAAGGAUAAAGAUUGGACAAAGGAGGAGAUUGACCAAACAGCUGAAGCAGUUGGUUAUGGCGCUGUGAAGUAUGCUGACUUGAAGAACAAUCGGUUGACUAAUUAUACUUUCAAUUUCGACCAAAUGCUGAAUGAUAAGGGAAACACGGCUGUUUAUUUGCUCUACGCACAUGCAAGGAUCUGUUCCAUCAUCAGAAAGUCCGGCAAAGAUGUGGAGGAGUUGAAGAAAACUGGAGUAUUGUCGUUGGAGCAUCAAGAUGAGCGUGUUCUGGGGCUUCAUCUACUUCGAUUUUCUGAGAUUGUGGAAGAGGCGUGUACCAACCUACUGCCGAACAUCCUCUGCGAAUACCUCUACAACUUAUCUGAAAACUUCAGCAAAUUCUACUCCAAUUGUCAGGUGAUUGGUUCGGCGGAGGAAACAAGCAGGUUGUUGUUGUGUGAAGCAACAGCAAUGGUGAUGAGGAAAUGCUUCUUCCUUCUUGGAAUCACUCCUGUCUACAAGAUAUGAAAAUUCAGUACUCCCGACUGCUCCCGAAACUGCCAUCGACAAUCAAUAUACGUCGAUUUUGGCCGUUGCGAGAGGAGAUUUACGAGACAGAAACCAAAAAAAAAAGCACACUGUAUUGAAUGAGUUUUUGAGGAUGCUAUUUACAGAUGUUCCCAGUAGUGAUAUUAAAACAAUCUACACUCAUAGCUGCUUCUUUCCUUCGGUUUGAAAAGUUUGUUCAUACGCUUUGCACUCCAACUCUCAUCAUCAGAUCCCGAAAGUUACUACUCUGUCAAAACUAAAAGGGUUAAUAC